AUGGCCGAAGAAGUCGCAGGUGUCCACGACCACGUGGGUGGCCUGUCAACAGAGAAAGCUAUGACUUCGACCACCGAGCCUGGCACAAAGCAGGAUCAAGACGUUGGCUAUUCCCUUUACAUCGAUCCAGUCAAGGAAGGAAAAAUGAUGAGAAAGUUUGAUAUAUUCGCCGUUACCGCUAUGGGAUUGCUCUAUAUGAUGGCCAAUCUUGACCGCAGUAACCUGGGAAAUGCAAACAUCGCUGGGAUGCCUGAAGACAUCGGCCUUGUUGGCAACCAAUUUGGCACGGCUACGACCCUCUUAUUCGCUACAUAUGUCCCAUUUGAAGGCCCGGUUGCUGUCCUACUCAAGAUCAUUGGUCCCAAAACAUUGAUGUCGGUUUGUGCCUUCUGUUGGGGAUGCGCGACUCUCGGCAUGGCUUUCAUUCAAAAUUGGAAAGGCUUAUAUGCCUGUCGUCUGUUGAUCGGUUGCUUCGAAGCUGGACUUAUUCCAUGUAUCAACGUGUACUUGGGCUGGGUAUACAAAAAGUCGGAACGUGGAAAACGUUCCUCCGUCAUUUUUGCCUUCAGCGCAUUUUCCAGUGCAUUUGGGGGCAUCCUGGCAUUUGGCUUAACGCAGAUCCGCGGUCCUAAUGGUUUCGCAGGUUGGAGAUGGUUGUUCUGUAUUGAGGGGAUCAUGACUCUAGUGUUGGUGCCGCUUUUCUAUUUUGUCUUUCCUCAAUCACCAACGACCGCUUGGUUCUUGACAGAAGAGGAGAAGGCAAUGAUGGAGGCACGUUAUAUGGCUGACAAGAGCUGGGGCCAUGAUGAACCAUUUUCGUGGGCAGAAUGCUUGAAAGCGUUUAUCGAUCCAAAGUGGUACGCCUUCUGGAUCUACCAAUUCUCGGUGGACGUCUCGCUAUACGGCAUGACGACUUUCCUCCCCGCGAUCGUCAGGGGACUGGGCUAUACUUCCGUCCAUGCCAACCUUAUGACGGUCCCGAUCUACAUAUGUGCGCUGAUCUUCUUCCUCGGCCUCGCUUAUUUUUCCGACAAAAUGGGUAUAAGAUGGCCUUUCCUUGCUGGCCCAUUACUCUGCCUGAUUGUCGGAUACGCUAUCCUAAUCAGUGUGGACAAUCUGAAAGUCAGGUUCUUUGCGUGUUUUGUCACCGCAUUGGGCGUUUAUCCGACCACGGGUUUGUCACUAAUGUGGUUACAAGACAACGUUGCAAGACACUAUAAGCGCGCCACCAUGGUCGGGUUCACGCUUACCUUUGCCAAUACAGCUGGUGUUGCCGUGGGACAGAUCUUCACCACCGAGUCUGGACCUCGUUAUAUCAAGGGCUUAUCUAUCAGCUUGGGCCUUGCUGUCCUCGCUCUGGCAGUGGUCCUUAUCAUCGUCGUCACGAUGACUAUGGUGAAUAAGAAACGUGCAGCAAAACUUCUGGCUGCGGAACAGGCAGGAGAUCCGAUUCAGCCGAGACCAGAUUUGGGGGAUUACGAUCUUCAUUUCAAAUACUCGAUUUAG